GUUGGGUGAAAAAAACAAAAGUGAUGACUGAUCCAUAGCGUUCACAAAGCGCGGUGGUUCUAAUAAAACCUAUGCGUCAUUGGGGGAGCGGACAUGCAACAGUGUACUGUAUGUACUGUAUUGUACUUCAGUUUUUCGAUGAUGAGGAUCAUAAGACGAAGGACAUCAGCUGAUUUUGACUGGUAGCCUGCAUUUCCGUCCGCUCGAAGUGGCAGUUUUGAUCGCUUUCGCAGCCCUACAACAAGCACAGCAUGCGGAGGAGGCAGUUGCAAGUUGCAGUAAAGAGACGCAAAUUACUGUAAUAUAAAUUCUUUCGGAAGCGGGGAAUAAAGGGAUAUUGUGUCAGUGCAUUUUCGAAAUUGCAGAAAUUUUAUCAGGUUCUAGUGUUUAGUUGACUUAAAUAGGUUGAUUGCCGUGGAUAGUAGCAUAUAUUUCUGUUCCAAGGGGCUAGGAGCACUCGAAACUGGAGGAAAUCCCCGGCAGUCUGAAACUUACACGAUGUUCCUGUAGCCAGUUUGGGCUCCAAACCCAGUAUGCCGUCUUCUGCAGCAAGUCCUGGUCCCAGUGGCUCUGCUCUGACUCCGACUCAGACGCAGACCAGCUCGUCGACCAGUGCACGAUCUCGAGCCUCAUCGGAACUGAUGGAUCCGCGGCGCCGUUUAUUUUCUAGUUCGCCUGAGGAGGGCGACGAACCAGCGGAAGUGGACGUUAAUUCCAGCUCCGGUGACGAAGACGGACUGAACAAGGCGUCCAAACGACCCGAUCUGACCAAGAGUCUGGCAGCGUGUCAGCAGAUGGAGGAUAAGGAGUUUGAGAAUCUUAUGAGCGAACUGCGCAUCUUGGCCAAUAAGGUGCUGCAGGAAGACGAAUGGCGUUUCCGGUCUUCGGACGACAUUCUGGGAUUCCACGACUGAUGUGGGGGGAAGGUAAAGGCAAUUCUGUGGGUAUAACUGGAAUCUGGAUACAGAUCUCCUGAGAUCUGUAUUCAGAAACAAGUAUGGAGCUCUUUGUUGUUGGUAGCGGAUGCGUGCUCUGUCAGUUAAUUUGAGAAGUCUUCUCGAUUUUGUUGCACCGUUGUUGUGGAAUUUUUCUUCAUAAGCUUGUCCCGUUGUCUCUAACUAUACCCGUGAUUUGCUGCUGUUUUAUUCCCAGUUAGUUUUAUUCAAGAAUGCACCGAGGUCAUGAGCUAAAGUUUGAAUUGAGUGCUUGUUAUUUUAUCCAUUGUUAAGUUAAUCCUGCAUUUGUUAAGCAAUGAUUUCUGAUAAUCCCUCAGUGCUGUCGGUUUCUGUUCGUUAAUUAAAAUUUUUAUUUAG